CUCCAAACGCUGCGUUUCGGUCCAUCUCAGUUUAAGUAGCCGAUCACUGUUCAUGUCGAUUAUUCCUUCUCCAAACGCUGCGUCCGGUCGAUUUCUGAGUUGAAGAAAAAGGUAGUUUAUGAUACAAACCAACAAAGGAGUGAAACAGGGUUGAACUGGUGGACUAUCAGGAACAAAAAGUAGUUGAGAGAUAGAGGCACAGUGGGAUGGGAGGGCAAGAGACUGUGAAGCAGCUUGAAGAGUGCUCGGUUGCCAAUGCUCUGGGGACAUGGGUAUUCUCAGUAGCAGGGGCAUUGCUAGCAAUUCCAGUUGGAAUAAAACGGAAAUCAUUGGCACCCCUUGUGUUCUUUGGAACAACCGGUACCAUGGUUGAUAUCAUCAUGGGAAUCAGCGCUUGCGAAAGAGAACAUGCUGAACGCCAAAUGAAGCUUCUAGAAGACCAAAAUUCUGCGGCUGAAUCUUGACAUUGGAUGCCAUGUAAUCAUGUGAGCUGCCAAUACCCCUCUGGGAGUCUGGAUAUUUCUUCCCUAACCUUUUUCAUGGCAUAAAGUUUGUUUAUGAUACAACUACUACUUUCGCUUGAUGAAUAAAAAUUCAGGUUUUUGUUGUUAGUA